CUAUUUUUGAGUUUCUGUGUGUGUUAAAAUCGGCUCUCAUUGGUCUGCUGUGAACACGUGAGUCAUUUUAAGGAAUGUAUGUCUGCUCCACACCUUUGACCCCCUGAAUGUCUCUCUUUACCUGGGACAGGUGUGUCGCAAACCCCACUUCCGGUUGGACUUUGCCUUGUUGGUGUUUUUUUCUGGCCAUGGCGGAGGAAGAGCUUAGCAGAGUUAAAGUCGUCUCUGACCUGUCAAAGAAAGCCCUGCAGGAGUAUGAGGAGCUGCAGAAGAGGAGCGAGACCGCGGCCGUGGAGUGCAAGAGGCUGGAGGAGGAAAGAGAUGCAGCCAUGAAGAAACUCUCUGAAUUCCAGCAAGUGUCUGAGAUGGUCCUCCAGGAGGUCAGUGACAUUCAGGAGGACCUGGAGAUCGAGAGGAUGUGCAGAGAAAGUGCAGAAGCGCUCGCUUCCAAGCUGAACCGGCAGAACCGCUCGCUGAAGAGGAAGAGCAUGAUGCUGAUGUCUCAUCUCAGUCCGGAGACCGUCACACAGAUCAGCUUGAUGGACGAUGAAGAGGAGGGUGAAGACCUCAAUGCCAGCAGCAAAGACUGUCUCUCCGCGCACUGCAGAAGCAACAUCGCAGAGCUUCAAAUGAAACUGGAAUUGACGCUUCAGGAAAAAAUCCAAACAACUGCAGAGCUGAAGGCAGUGAGACAACAACUGGCAGACGUGAAGGAGGAACUGAUGAAAGAAAAACACGAUAACACAGUGUUAAUAUCUGAGGCGGUGCAGCAGAAGAAGCUCCUGCAGAAAUACAACAGAGUGUCGCAGUUUGCUGUGGACGAAUACGAGGCUCUGCAGGAAACCUUGAAUCUGGAGCAGAACCUGAGGACAGAAGCAGAGAACUUUGCCAGAGCCAUGCUGGUGGAGCAGAAGAAGCUGAAGAGGCAGAGUCACAUCCUCAUGCAGAACUCUGCUACGACCCAGGCUCUGCAGGAAGCCAUGAGUCAGGUCACGAGCCUGACCGAGGAGCUGGAGACCGCGAGGCUGGAGCACCAGGAGCAGAUGAAGCAGAUGGAGGAGAGGCUGAGGGGCUGUGAGGACCGGAGGGAGCUGACGGCACUGAGGCUGAAACUGGAGCUCCUGGAGGAGGAGAAGAAGGAGCACGGCCUCAGAUGCUCCAAGGCUGAGCAGGAAGUCAAGGAUCUGCGUUUCACAGUUGAGGAGCUCCAAAAGAAGCUGCAAGCUGCUAUUAACCCUCCUCCCACGCCAGCAUCAGCACCGCCUCCACCUCCACCUCCACCCCCACCCCCACCUCCCACAUCUUCAGCAUCCAACCCUCUCAGUGCCUUGUUGGCCCUCAUUCGAAAGAAGAAAGACGUUGAGAAUGACAUCCCACUGUUGGACCAAAACACCUCCAAGACACCAGAAGUGGACAUCCGGCAGCAGGCAGUGGAUGAAAUGAUGCAAAGGAUAAAAAAAGGAGUUCAACUUCGACCUGUCAACCACUCCCCUCGCAGAGCCAAAAGACAGAUGGAGAAGCUGCCCUCUAAUUCUGCCAUUCAGGAACUUAAAGGAAUCAUGGAGAACUUUGGUAGAACCCCAAACCCACCAGAACCAAAGCCUGUUCAGUCUUCCCCAAACGACCAGGAAGAAUUGUUCAAAAUCCUGCUGAGACGACGAGAUGCUCUGCAAUCCUGACAAAAACUUCCACACUCUUCCGUUUCUGCAGGAGGAUCUGCAGAUCUACACCCUCUAUUCUCUACGGCGUAGCAGAUGUCCCCUGCCUGGAUGUAGUUUAUCAAUAAUCUUAAAAUCCAAAACUAAUUGCAAAUUAAUUAAAGUAUUUUGAUUGUCCCUAAUUUCCUGAUAAUUGAAAUGUUUUAAUCUAGAAAAGUUGUCACCAUCCCAACCUAAGAAAUGAACCACAGUCCAGCAGAUGAAACGUCAUCCUGACAGCAACAGUCCUUCAUUUUCUCAGUUCAUCACAUCCACACAGAACCGUUCUGCUGUCAGAAAAUAAAGAGGAAAUCCCGAA